AUCUAUACGUGGAUUUUUUUUAAGGCUGCUGUCACACGGUUGAGCGCGAGAGUAUCUGGUCUGCCACUGAUCUGUGACGGACAGAUAUAUGGGUGGGUUCUUUAAAUGGAAACUAUGGGUCUCCACCCACAUGAGUUUAUUACAGUCAAUACUGCGACUGACCAAGGAAGCAAGUCCUCCAGGAAGAAACUGCGGGCUGAGCAAACCAUGAGCUACCCUGGAUACCCUCCUCAGGCGGGCGGAUAUCCUCCUCAGGCAGGCGGAUAUCCUCCUCAGGCAGGCGGAUACCCACCACAGGCAGGCGGAUACCCACCUCAGCCCGGUGCUUACCCACCUCAGCCUGGAGCGUACCCACCUCAGCCUGGAGCUUACCCUCCCCAGACAGGAGGCUAUCCUCCUCAACCUGGCAGCUACCCUCCACAGGCCGGUGGCUAUCCGCCACAGGCAGGAGGCUAUCCACAGGCACCUCCACCGGGCAGCUGGGGUGGUGGCCCUGCUGGUGGUUAUCCCUCCAUUGGUCUUGACCCCUUGUCCAACCCUGGGUACAACCCUGGCAUGGCCACCCAGAUCCCUGCAGGCAUGGGGUGUUUUACUCCAAACCCAUCCUUGUACACCCAAGCCCCUGGGGGGUACCCACUUCCCCCUCAGACUGGUGGGUAUGGUGCCCCCUCCCCUAACCAACAGUCAUAUGGCCUGUACCCACAGCCAGGAGGGGCCAUGCCCCAACCCCAAGGCCCAGGGAUGAGCUACCCCGGUCAGCCUGGCCAGCCUAUGCCAGGGUACCCUGGUGCACCAUCCCCUAACCCUCCCAUGUCCGGUUAUGGAGGAGCACCAGCACCUAUGCCACAAUACCCAAAGGUCCCGUCACCAAAUCCAUCCAUGCCAGCCUAUGGAGGAGGAGCCAUGCCAGUAGCUCCACCUGUCAAUAGAGGAUUCAGGGGAACGAUUAAGGACUUCCCUGGAGCUGACCCCCUCAAAGAUGUGGAGGUCCUGAGGAAGGCCAUGAAGGGCUUCGGAACUGAUGAGCAAGCCAUUAUCGACUUACUGGGGAGUCGCUCCAACAACCAGCGUGUGCCUUUGCUCCGGGCUUACAAAACUUCCUAUGGGAAGGAUCUGAUUAAGGAUCUGCAUUCAGAACUGUCUGGAGACUUCAGGAAGCUGGUCAUGGCCAUGUUGAGGAGCCCAGCUGAGUUUGAUGCCUCUGAGCUCAACAGUGCCAUAAAGGGAGCCGGAACCGAUGAAGCCUGUCUGAUUGAGAUCUUGUCUUCUCGUUCCAAUGCUGAAAUCAGGGAGAUAAACCGCAUCUACAAACAAGAAUACAAGAAGUCACUGGAGGAUGCCAUUAGUGGAGAUACCUCAGGCCACUUCCGCAGGCUCCUGAUCUCUCUCGCCCAGGGUAAUCGUGACGAACGAGAAACUGUUGACAUCUCUCUGGCUAAACAAGAUGCUCAGGCCCUGUAUGCUGCUGGAGAAAACAAGCUGGGGACAGAUGAGUCCAAAUUCAACGCUAUUCUGUGCGCCAGGAGCAAACCCCAUCUCAGAGCAGUGUUUCUUGAGUACCAGCAGAUGUGUGGCAGAGAUAUUGAGAAGAGCAUUGGCAGAGAGAUGUCUGGAGACCUUGAGAGUGGCAUGUUGGCAGUGGUGAAGUGUAUUAAGAACACACCUGCUUACUUUGCUGAGAGGCUUUACAAAGCCAUGAAGGGAGCUGGGACCAAGGACAAAACCUUGAUCCGGAUCAUGGUCUCCCGUUCUGAGGUUGACAUGCUGGAUAUCCGCCAGGAGUAUGUUAAAAACUACGGCAAGUCGCUGUACACACACAUCUCUGGAGACACAUCAGGAGACUACAAGAAACUCCUAUUGAAGCUCUGUGGGGGCAGUGACUAAAUUGGAAACAAUGUCCACUAAAUUUAGAAAUUUUCUCUAUAUCAGUUUUCUGCCUUAUCUAUGCGCACUACACACAAACCGCAAACCUGCAUGCCACGCCAAUGCUUUCAGUGCAAUGUUUACCCAGUUGUAAGAACCUCAUACAUAUUGUUGCAUACUGUUUCUUUUCUAUAUACAGAAUACACAAAAAAAAGUUUUAUAUUUUUUCACUUGUGAUAACUUUGACUGUUGGAGAUGAAUAUACAUGGCCAUACAAUAGAUUGCCAUUGCCAUACAUGGCCAUGCAAUAGAUUUCCUCUGAAUUUUAAGAGCUAUAUAUUUUUAAGAUAUUUUAUUUCAAUCAUGCCAAUAUGAACAGAUAUCUAAUGAUAUCUGGAAUGUUUAUCAGCUAGUUUUCUAAUGUUCAGCAAUGCUGAAUAAAGUAUGAGACAUAGAGUACAUAGCAGCUAAGUACCAAAGUUAAUGUUUGCAACUGUGUUUUCUCACCUAUAUUUUGUCUACACCUGUAGUUCUUUGUUUAUCAUACUUGUGCUGUACUUGCGGUCAAUGCUUUAAUUUGUUUAUCGUGUACCUUUUACUGGACCAUGUAAAAUCAUAGGAUUACAUUUCAUAAAAUGUUGGUGACUUUAAGAUUCUCAAAAAAUAAACAUUGAGAAUGCACAGAA